AGUUCCAUCCACGGCCUAAAUUGGAAUUUCGUUUCGUGUUUGGAUUGAUGAUUUCGCCCGUGCGUCGUCCCAGGCAGCAGCACCACCUGAAAUCUGGCGGGCCUCUGCUGAAUGUCUCCGUCCACGGCCUCCCCUGUUUGCUGUUGUUAGCCUUUGCUGCAGUGCAGAGCUUCUUCUGCCUCCGUCCUUCCUGCUGCUUCAUCUCCAUUCCCCCAGCCUGAAAAAUGCCUCUCUUUUUUUUUCUUUUUUUUUUCUGCUGACCAUGUUUCUUGGGAUAGUUGUUGCCUCAACUCGUACGGAUGGAGAAUGGGAAUAUGGAUAUGAAUAUGCCACUCGCCUGCUAUCUUACCCUUUGUGGAUGACUGACUGAAUAUUCAAUUCGAUGGAGUGCAUAUAGCUUGGUUAUUCUUUGCACUUCCCAUCCUGUCAUGUCUGAUGAUAUUGGGAUAUUGCCACAAAAUAUUCUGUCCAGAUCCCAAGGAAGCAAAGCCAAAGCCAAAGGAUGGUCUAACUUCUCUUUGACUCCCAAUUGAUUAGAUUAUUCCAGUGAGCGAGAGAGAGAAAGAGGGGAAAAAAAACUUUUCGAUUUCGUGAGAUCUUGUCUAGGUACUUAGCAGCCCCAUGCAUGAACUGAAUUGUUCACUAAUUUCCUGAUGACUUGCUUGCUUCCUGUGGGGAGUGGGAGAGCCGGAGAGGAAUGAAUAACAAACAGGCUGAACCGACGGCUGUUCACCUGUCGACUGUCGUGGAUUUUCUUUCAAAUUGGGCAACCUUCUAUUCUAGUUCUGCAGGCCAACAUAACAAUUGACCACUGCAUAUCAUUGUCCUUCCGUGGUUUCAUCAAAGAGUAGGUAGACGACAUGCAGCAUGCUGAAUGCAUCACGCAUCCAGCAUCCUGAUUCAACUCGUGUCUAUCUAUCCUGCUGCCAUCUUUCUCACUGUCAGCUGUACAGUACAGGGGGGUGAGAAGGCAGGGAAUGAGUACAACCAAGGUGAAGAGACGUGUGGGCAAGUAUGAGCUCGGCCGCACCAUAGGUGAGGGCACAUUCGCAAAGGUCAGGUUCGCGAGGGACACGGUGACCGGCGAGGCCGUAGCCAUCAAGAUCCUAGAUAAGGAUAAGGUACUCAAGCACAAGAUGGUCGAGCAGAUUAAGCGGGAAAUCUCGACGAUGAAGUUAAUCAAGCACCCUAAUGUUGUCCGCAUAUACGAGGUGAUGGGAAGUAAAACAAAGAUCUACAUAGUGUUAGAAUUUGCUACUGGUGGCGAGCUCUUUGACACAAUUGUUAACCACGGUCGGAUGAGGGAAGAUGAGGCAAGGAGGUACUUCCAACAAUUAAUCAAUGCAGUUGAUUAUUGUCAUAGCAGGGGUGUGUACCACCGGGAUUUAAAACCUGAAAAUUUACUGCUUGAUUCAUAUGGAAACCUGAAAGUCUCUGACUUUGGGCUCAGUGCGCUAUCUCAGCAGAUGAAGGAUGAUGGACUGCUGCACACAACUUGUGGGACUCCAAACUAUGUUGCACCAGAGGUCCUUGAAGAUCAAGGCUAUGACGGUGCAAUGGCUGAUCUGUGGUCAUGUGGAGUUAUCCUGUUUGUUCUGCUAGCAGGGUAUUUGCCAUUUGAGGACUCUAAUCUCAUGACUUUGUAUAAGAAAAUAUCAAAUGCAGAAUUUACAUUUCCACCAUGGACAUCUUUUCCUGCCAAGAGGUUGUUAACAAGAAUCCUUGAUCCAAAUCCAAUGACGAGAAUAACAAUCCCAGAAAUAUUAGAGGAUGAAUGGUUCAAAAAGGGCUACAAGCGCCCAGAGUUUGAUGAAAAAUAUGACACCACGUUGGAUGAUGUGGAUGCUGUCUUCAAUGAUUCAGAAGAGCACCAUGUGACAGAAAAGAAAGAAGAAGAACCAGUAGCUCUGAACGCAUUUGAACUGAUCUCAAUGUCAGCAGGCCUAAACCUUGGAAACUUAUUCGACUCAGAGCAGGAGUUCAAAAGAGAAACAAGGUUUACAUCAAAAUGUCCACCCAAAGAAAUUGUCCGCAAGAUUGAGGAAGCUGCAAAACCUCUAGGAUUUGAUGUUCAGAAGAAAAAUUACAAGUUGAGGCUCGAAAAGGUUAAGGCAGGGAGGAAGGGGAACCUCAAUGUUGCUACUGAGAUACUGCAAGUUGCACCCUCCCUUCAUAUGGUAGAAGUCCGAAAAGCAAAAGGUGACACUCUGGAAUUUCAUAAGUUCUACAAGAACCUUUCCAAGACCUUAAAGGACGUCGUCUGGAAAUCCGACGAUACUCAAAUGCUACAUGCUGCUUAGCAGAACCUCGGAGAGGAAGAAUGGCAAACUAUUUUGUGUACCAUCCUUCCAAGCAGAUUCCGAUUCUGUAGUCUGUACUCAGCACUGCAUUCUGCAUGUAAUAGUGGAUGACCCAGGAAAUUGCGCUGGUACUCCACCAUUGUUGUAAAUGCUGCAUCUUGAGUUGCUUGCUGUAGUUGAAGGGAAGUUCAUUCAGUAGGUUUUGAGUAUGAGUUUUGUAUAUCGGUAUAUGCCUAUGAGUCAUGUUGAAACACUAUGAUCAGAAUCUGCAAAAAUGAAGCCCAGAAUGUUCUUGCCAUCUUGACCCAGUUCUCAGGACUGAACAGAAGGGCUUAAUCUGCCUUCCAUUUUCAAGAAAAAGAAAAAGAGACACUUUAAUUGGGAA